CCCGUGGCGCUGGGGGAGUCCCGGACUGCGCCUGGGCGCACUGGACAGCGCGCCGAGCUCCGCGCAGUGCAGCGCAGCCCGGCCCGGCCCGGCCCUGCACCGCCCUCCCUCCGCCUCCCCUCCCUCUCCGCUCCUUCCUCCCCGCCGGCGGCCGCAGGACGGACCAUGGCGCUGGGCUGCCGGGGGCUGGGGCUCCUGCUGCUGCUGCUGCUGCUGCUGCUUCUCCUGCUGGGACCCGGACAGCUGCGGGCCAAGCCGACCGUGCGCAAGGAGCGCGUGGUACGGCCCGACUCGGAGCUGGGCGAGCGGCCCGCCGAGGACAACCAGAGCUUCCAGUACGACCACGAGGCCUUCCUGGGCAAGGAAGAGGCCAAGACGUUUGACCAGCUCACCCCGGAGGAGAGCAAGGAGAGGCUGGGAAAGAUUGUUGGCAGAAUAGAUAGUGAUGGAGACGGCUUUGUCACCACCGAGGAGCUGAAAACUUGGAUCAAGCGGGUGCAGAAACGGUACAUCUAUGAAAACGUGGCGAAAGUCUGGAAAGAUUAUGAUCGGAACAAAGACGAUAAGAUUUCCUGGGAAGAGUAUAAGCAGGCUACAUAUGGCUACUACCUGGGGAACCCAGAAGAGUUUCAAGACGGGUCUGAUCAGCACACUUUUAAGAAGAUGCUGCCCCGUGACGAGAGGAGGUUCAACAUGGCCGACCUCGAUGGUGACAAUGCGGCUACUCGGGAGGAAUUCACCGCCUUCAUGCAUCCGGAGGAGUUUGAGCACAUGAAAGAUAUUGUAGUCCAGGAGACACUGGAGGACAUUGACAAGAAUGGAGAUGGGUUUGUGGAUCAGGACGAGUACAUUGCUGAUAUGUUUGCUCACGAGGAGAAUGGCCCAGAGCCGGACUGGGUGGUCACGGAACGGGAGCAGUUUUCCGAUUUCCGGGAUUUGAACAAGGACGGGAAGAUGGACAAAGAGGAGAUUCGGCACUGGAUUCUUCCCCAAGACUAUGACCAUGCCCAAGCGGAGGCCAGGCACUUGGUGUAUGAGUCAGACCAUGACAAGGAUCAGAAGCUAACCAAAGAAGAGAUACUGGAGAACUGGAACAUGUUUGUGGGCAGCCAGGCUACCAACUAUGGAGAAGACCUCACAAAGAACCACGACGAGCUAUGACGCGCCCUCUCGGUAGAAUCUCAGACUCUGGCCAGCCUCCUGGCUGGCCGCCGCAGUCGCGAAGGGCUUCUGAUUUGCACCAGCGUGUCCCCGACCAAGCACCUCAACAUGGGGAUGAAAACGAGUCUGUUCCCUGGGAUUUCACCCAAACAGAUUUAGUCCUCACUUGUGUCUUAGUUAGAUUUCUCUCAAAACAUCUUCGUUUCUCAGCAGAUGGCAAUGUUGUUUGGGGAAUGGACGUCGGCAGCGCAGCUCUCCUAGAGGGCUUUUUCUUUGAUGUUUUUCUUAAAUGGAGGGAAAUAAAAUUUGAAUAGGGCCAAGACAUUCCAUCAAAUUAACAUGGGUUUGGAUGGCCCUUUUCAGUGAGGAAAGGAAAGCUGUCAAGCCUAAUGAUAGUCCUCUUUUCUCAUGGUAGGGAGGUCCCCUGAAAAGCUGCCUUUGGAAAUCUCUCUUCCACCUUGAUAACAUGAGCUGUUACUGGGAAAGGUCUCUAUCAUUGUAUUUUUUUUUUGUUCUGUACCAACCUGUUAAAGUGCACAAUUACCCCCUCUUUCCCCUUUUAAAAAAAAUAAUGCAAGAGUGGUAGAUAGAGGUAGGAUAAGAAUUGAGUGGCUCUUUGAGUCUCCUCCCGGAGGCAUUUCAAUUUUUUUUUCCAUCUUGGUCUUGUAAUCUCUGUUUGAGGAACUCCCUGUGGGGAAACUAUUUACCAGGGCAAAUCCCACCAUACCCUGGGAUUUAGAGUUGCCCAGGGCACUACGAAAUUAAGUAACUUGCCCUCUUCACUCAGUCAGUCUUCAUCAGAGUCCUCCCUGAACCCAGGUCUCCUGACCAAUGUAGUCCUCUAUCCACCACCAUAUUGCCUCUCAAGCAUUCUAAUAACGACAAGGAAAUGGCUAACCCUUUUUGUUUUCCUUUUUCAAAUAAUGGAGAGAAUUUUUCUGAGAUUCCAUUGAGCCCAGUCUGAGUCUUCAUUGUGAACCAAGGCUCAGUUGUUCAGUUUCUCAUCACCAAUCCACUAUAACUAUGGAACAAGAACUAGGUGAUGGGGCCGGCAAGCAAAACGGGUGAGAACAUCUUCACAAAUUUGGAAAUCCCAUCUUGUUCUAACUCAGAAGCAAAACCAAUAAAGGAUCCUGAUGGGAAUUUUC